AUGAAGCUAUCUAUACAGACUGCAGGCAUCGCCUGGCUACUGGCACAGGGAGCCAAUGCCAUUGUGAUCAAUGCUACUGACUCCACAUCUGUCAAGGCAGCCGCAAGUACGGUGGCAUAUGGCCUGCUAAAGUACUACACGGGCAAUAACACGGGCGAUGUGGCGGGCAACCUGCCUGACCCGUACUUCUGGUGGGAGGCCGGAGCCAUGUUCGGCACGCUCGUGGACUACUGGUUCAUGACGGGCGAUGACACGUACAACAACGAGACGCUGCAGGCAUUGGUACACCAGGCAGGCAACAACAACGACUUCAUGCCGGCGAAUCAGACGAGCACAGAGGGCAACGACGACCAGGGCUUCUGGGCGAUGGCGGCCAUGUCGGCGGCUGAGAACAAUUUUCCGAACCCGGCAGACGGCGAGCCGCAAUGGUUGGCUUUGGCGCAGGCGGUGUUCAACGAGUAUACGACGCGCUGGGACACGGCCUCGUGCAACGGCGGGAUGCGCUGGCAGAUCUUCACGUUCAACAACGGGUACAACUACAAGAACUCCAUCUCCAACGGCUGCUUCUUCAACCUGGCGACGCGGUUGUGGCGUUUCACGGGAAACCAGACGUAUGCCGACUGGGCUACUAAGGUGUGGGACUGGGAGACAGGCGUCGGCUUCAUCACGUCCGACUACAAGGUGUACGACGGCGCGUCGGUCUCGGGCACCGACAACUGCAGCACCAAGGACACGAUCCAGUGGUCGUACAACGCUGGCAUCUUUCUGCACGGUGCCGCCGUCAUGUACAACGGCACCAACGGCACGGAGCUGUGGAAGACACGCGUGGACGGGCUUUGGAACGAGACCCGCGACACCUUUUUCAACAACAGCAUCAUGGUUGAGCAGGCUUGCGAGACGGUCAACCUGUGUGACAAUGACGAGCAGAGCUUCAAGGGCUACCUGGCCCGCUGGAUGGCCGGCACCGCCCAGAUGGCUCCCUACACGUCCACCGAGAUCGUGCCGCUGCUGCAGGCCAAUGCGGCGGCUGCGGCUGCUGCCUGCUCCGGCUCGCCGGCCACCGGCUUCAAGGGACUUGCUGGCACCGCCUGCGGCUUCAAAUGGUACACCGGCAGUUUUGAUGGCACCGUCGGCGUCGGCGAGCAGAUGAAUGCCCUGUCUGCCAUCAUGUACUCGCUCGUCCAGGAAGAGGUCGCCGCACCGGUCACCGCCUCGACCGGCGGCACGUCCAAGGGCAAUCCCAGCGCCGGUACCCAGACGUCCCCGGCUGCCACUGAUGUGCUGGCGCCUAUCACCACCGCUAGCCGUGUCGCGGCUGGCUUUCUGACCACGGCUGUUGCCUUUUCUCUCCUCGGUGGUGGCGUCUUCUUGGUCAAAUGA